CCACAACACUGCUCACUCUGAGCGUCAUUGCGGAGAGCUCCGGAGACUGAAAUCUGAUCCCCCUUAAUUUUCUCUCUUUCUCUCUCUCCCCCUCUCUCCCUCUCUCACUCCAGUUCUGCCACUGGCUCUUCGCUGGCAGUUCAGGUCUCGGAGCCAAACCUUCACACACUCGUUCGUACACAGCAGUCAGCAAACUGAAAGCACUGAGACGGCACACGGGAGCGAGCGAGCCAAAGCAGCACCUCUGGAGACACAGCGUACACCCCUCCCACCCCCCACCCCCAACACACAGACACUGGAAGAAAUAUACUCCUGAUACUCGCGACUGACUGCCCAGGGACAGACACUCUGAAGACAAGAAACAGCGCUGGGCAAACGGGGAGGAUUCAUUCUGCUAAAAAAAAAACCGCGAGCCCUGUGAAGAAACCAAGUAGAGUGAAUGCAAAACUAAAAGCCCAAAACAAAAUGGUAAAGAAAAGGUGCAUAAACUGGUAAGCGAAGGAUUGUUUGCUACAGGCACCGGAUCGGCUCCUGAACUGAAUUCAGGAGUGUUGCAGUUUCUGCAGUCGUUGACAAUCAGCCGCCAGUUUUCAUUUCUGGGUUUCAUGCUGGAUUUACAAAUGACUUGAAUAUUCCGAGCUGUUUUUUCAUCGCUUCUUGAAACCGCUGGAGAAACCCCCCUUCAACUCUACAGCGAGGACCCAAGCAAGGCAUUGCUGAGCGAGUCGGAAUUGGCACUUUUAAAAAGACUUGAAAACAGGUUUUUUUGCCUCCUUUUCGGUCAGUAAAAGGGCACAGAGCGACGGAGGUGGGCAGUGCCAGCACUGCGCCCAUGACUGUGAGGGAGGCACGCAGAUGAUGUCCAAGGCUGGGCAGGCCGUUGGCAGUCGGGCGGACAGCAGCUGCGGAGGAAUGAUCGCCCUGUGGUACGCGCUCUGUGUCUGCGUUGCCACCGCCGCCAGCAUCCCAACAGCCAGGCUCCGCAUCUCCGACCAUGAAACGAAGGCCAGCACGCGCGCUCCACCAAGAACGGUGACAUCGGGAAGCCAGCGAACUGUUCUGGAGGAGAUCGUUCUUGGCAGCGGCGACACCCUGGACCUGUCUUGCAACCCCCGAGGCUCCUCGCUGGCACCACUGGUGUGGUUGAAAGACGGGCUCAGAAUCCUGCCCAACAACACCACCCAAGUCGGCCAGAAGUGGCUGAAGAUCAUCAACGUUUCCUACGAUGAUUCCGGAGUCUACUCCUGCAAACUCUGGGGGACCAACCAGAUUCUAAGCAACUUCACCAUCAAGGUUGCAGAUUCUUUGUCUUCGGGUGAUGAUGAAGAUGAUGAUGAUGAUGAUGGAAGUGAGGAUACAGGAGCUCCGUACUGGGCCCGCCCCGACCGCAUGGAGAAGAAGCUGCACGCGGUCCCCGCGGCCAACACCGUCCGCUUCCGCUGCCCCGCCGCCGGGAACCCAACCCCCACCAUCCACUGGCUGAAGAACGGUAAAGAGUUUCGGGGAGAGCACCGGAUCGGUGGCAUCAAGUUGCGACAUCAGCAGUGGAGUUUGGUGAUGGAGAGUGUGGUGCCCUCAGACCGUGGCAACUAUACGUGUGUGGUGGAGAACAAAUACGGCAGCAUCAGCCACACGUACCAGCUCGAUGUGCUCGAGCGGUCUCCACACCGGCCUAUUCUCCAGGCAGGGUUGCCCGCAAACCAGUCGGUGGUGGUGGGCAGCGAUGUGGAAUUCCACUGCAAGGUCUUCAGUGACGCACAGCCCCACAUCCAGUGGCUCAGGCACGUGGAGGUUAACGGGAGCAAGUUGGGCCCGGACGGAGCUCCCUACGUCACCGUGCUGAAGUCGUGCAUAAGUAAGAGCGCUGAAGCAAACGUUAAACUCAUUCUUUACAAUGUGACAGAGCAGGACGCGGGCGAAUAUCUGUGUAGGGCCACCAACUUCGUUGGCGUGGCCGAGAAAAUGCACUGGCUGUACGUCAACCAACCCAAACCAGCUGAAGACUUGGUCAAGGAGGACGACUCUGGCUCGGUCUAUGCAGACGUCCUCAUCUACGUGACGGGUUGUGUCCUUAUCAUUCUGACUGUUAUUAUAGUGAUCAUGUGCAGAAUGAGAACGUCCUCUAAGAAAACCCUCAACCCACCUCCGGUGCAGAAACUCUCCAAGUUCCCACUGAAGAGACAGCAGGUGUCCUUGGAGUCCAAUUCCUCCAUGAAUUCCAACACGCCGUUGGUGAGAAUCGCCCGCCUGUCCUCCAGUGAUUCACCCAUGUUGGCCAACGUGUCUGAGUUGGAGCUCCCUGCCGACCCCAAGUGGGAGUUCCAGCGGCCAAGGCUGACCAUGGGGAAACCCCUGGGUGAGGGCUGCUUCGGGCAGGUCGUAAUGGCUGAGGCCAUCGGCAUCGAGAAAGACAAAGCAAACAAGCCAGCCACUGUCGCAGUGAAAAUGCUAAAAGACGACGCGACUGAUAAAGACUUGUCUGACCUGGUCUCGGAAAUGGAAAUGAUGAAGAUGAUCGGAAAACAUAAAAAUAUUAUUAAUUUACUGGGAGCCUGCACACAGGAUGGUCCACUCUACGUCAUUGUUGAAUUUGCAUCGAAGGGCAACCUGCGGGAAUACCUGAAAGCCCGGAGACCCCCGGGCAUGGAUUACUCCUUCGACACCUGCAAGGUGCCUGAUGAGCAGUUAACCUUCAAGGAUCUCGUGUCAUGUGCCUACCAGGUGGCACGUGGUAUGGAGUACCUGGCCUCCCAAAAGUGCAUCCACCGGGACCUGGCAGCCAGGAACGUGCUGGUGACCGAGGACAACGUGAUGAAGAUCGCCGACUUUGGCCUGGCCAGGGACGUGCACAACAUCGACUACUACAAGAAAACGACCAACGGUCGGCUGCCAGUGAAGUGGAUGGCACCAGAGGCCUUGUUCGACAGGGUCUACACCCACCAGAGUGACGUCUGGUCGUAUGGUGUGCUGCUGUGGGAGAUCUUCACGCUGGGAGGAUCACCCUACCCUGGCAUCCCCGUGGAAGAGCUCUUCAAGUUGCUGAAGGAAGGCCAUCGAAUGGACAAGCCCGCCAAUUGCACGCACGAGCUGUAUAUGAUAAUGCGAGAGUGCUGGCACGCAAUCCCAUCACAGAGGCCAAUGUUCAAACAGCUGGUCGAGGAUCUCGACAGGGUCCUGACUGUCACGUCGACUGAGGAGUACCUUGACCUGUCAGCACCUUUUGAGCAGUAUUCGCCAGCUUGCCAAGACACCCACAGUACCUGCUCUUCCGGGGACGACUCGGUCUUUGCCCACGACGCUCUGCCUGAUGAGCCAUGCCUCCCAAAACACCAGCAGUGCAACGGUGCCAUCAGGACAUGAGAGAGAGAACGGAAGAGUCCAGAGUGCUGAACUAUGGAGAACUCACACUGAAGGAAAUACACUGAACCAGCUGCCGGGAUCUCCUUCCCGCAAUUUUAACUUCCCACCAUUUUUGAGCCUUAUAUCUCUCAAGUGCUGUACUCAUCGAAAAACAAACAAAAAAAAACGUACUGCUUGGCAAGAAGAGACUUUGUGAUGUGGAAAACCCGAAAUGGAAAGUUCUGCAAUAAAAAAAGCGAUCUGGAGGUGAUAACCUAUGACCUCUGGUAUUGUGACUGCUAUAGCAACCAUUCUGUGCCUAACUCGUGAUAAGAAAAGGAAGUAACACAAAAGACAAUUAUUUUUCUUUACAAGAGAGCAUUUAAAUACUUUUAUUUGUGUGAAGCUGCAGAUUUCAGAAGAGUUGUAAAUAUAUAAAUAUGAAUAUUGUAUGAUAAUGUUUAAAAAAAAACUGUUGUAUACUUAUGAUUAGGGGGGGGGGGGAAACAAGCAUAAUUACAAGUAUGAAUGAGGAAGCAAAAUCCUAAAAUCAUUGCAGUCUAGGAUAUUCAGUAUUAAUUCGGAAGUUAUUAAAGAAAACUCAUUCUGUAGCAGACGAGGGGUAAAAUAGUUCAAAAAUCAAUAAUUAUUUGCAAUCUGAUUAGCAUAUUGUAUAUUUGUAAAGUUGUUCAUAGACUUUAACAUAUCAUUUUGGUUAAGAGAUUUAUAAGUAUAUAGCUUAUUUACUAAUUACUGUACACAGCUUUAGUUACCUAGGUUCUUUAAUUUUUGGUUAUACAUGUUUAUAAUUUUUAAUUUAUUACCCAUUGAUUAGACAUUAAGGUUAAUGAGGAAAAAAAAUAGCAACAUUGUGUAAAAUGAACACUGUCUUCUUAUUUUAGAUUGCAAUGAUUUUUUUUCCCAAUGUUCGGUAAUCAGAUUUAUUAAUUA